GUUCUGUCGAUAAAAUAGAGAAUACUAAAUUUCGAUUGAUCUAUCGAGUAUUGCAUAGCAAUUUAAUUCAAACCUAGUUGCGUUACUGUUCUCGACAUGGACGACAGAUAAAUAUUAAAGUAUCGUGUGCAUUGUAUGUAAACAGAAAUAAAUUUUUACGGUUCUGUAUCGCUACAACAUUUAGUCAAUAUUAUGACGUUCCCACAGGCACAUCAAACGGAAUUAGUUGCACUCGCUGAUUUAGCUGGAAUUACUACGACUCCUGGUGUUUUUCGGAUCGCAAUAGAACUUUUGGCGAUGGAGAUAUCACCGGAAGACAUUUAUGUUCUUCUGAAACAGAUCUGUCCAAGAACGCCCUCUGAAGAGACAUCUAAUAUGUUAGAUACGCAACCUGAGGAGGAUGAAAAAUCUGAAAAAUCUUGAUGGUUACCUUCUUUUUUGGUAGAUCUUAUAACAUUUUUAAAUGGUUUUAAGUGUACUUAAUCAUAAUAUUAAUAUAAAUAUAAUAAAACGUUAUUAAAUCA